AUCACCCUCAAAUGGAAGAAGCCAUGAGAAGACUCUCCGGCUUCACACCCUCACCGGAAUAUUCCGAUUUCUUUCAACCACCACCAACCACCACCGUCCACAAAAGAACCACCACCACCACCACCACUACAACCAACAAAAACAACAAAAGACUCAACAAAGACAACAACAAUGGUACCACCACUGGUCCCAUUCGGUACCGUGGCGUCCGCCGCCGUCCGUGGGGCCGGUACGCAGCCGAGAUACGCGAUCCACAGUCGAAAGAACGACGGUGGCUCGGUACAUUCGACACGGCUGAAGAAGCCGCAUGUGCCUAUGAUUGUGCCGCACGUGCCUUGAGAGGAACCAAAGCUAGAACAAACUUUGUGUACCCACCGUUAGAAACUGAUCAUAAUAUUAAUCUCAUCUACCCUUUAACCUUCAACAAAAUGCAAUCUCAACCGUUGAUGUGUUCACCCUAUGAUAACUUCACUGUACCGACCAUGCAGCGUAACGGUUCUUCUCUUAACUCACUUAUGUUUGAUGAUAAUAAUAAUAAUAACAAUAAUGUUGUCUUGAACUCCAACACUGCUUUGUCGAGUUGUACCCUACCGGUUAUCAAUCAAACCGAUGAGUACAAAGAGUUUUUCCCAUCUGAACCGGAGCAUUCCGGUUUACUUGAUGAAGUGUUAACCGGGUUUUACCCUAAACCGGAGAAGCAAAUAACACCGGAGCCUAAACAUAAUAUGUUACCAGAACCAAAUGAUACAAACCCUUUUGGUUUCUUGUCAACUUCAACUGGAAAUGGUCAACGGGGUCAGUUUGACUUUGACCAGAGUGUCAAUGUAGGUGGUGGUUUGCCGUUUUAUGGGCAUAGCUCGGUGGGUCCGGUGAGAUUUCAGGGUCAAGAAAGUAUGUUUUCUGAUGUUGGUUAUUAUCCUGAUUUUGUUGGGAGUUUGUUUGCAGCUAGAGUUCAAAAUGCUUGAAGGGUUGAAGAGAUGUUAUGGUUUUAGGGUUUGUUGAAGAAAAUGAAUGGAUUAUGAGAUAAUAUUUAAGUAGUUGUUUGCAUGUUUGAUUAUGGGUUUUGUAAGUUACUCUUUUGUGGAUAUUGAAAUUUGAACAAUUGA